GGGCGUGGUCCCCUCCGGGCUAGGCAGGAAGUCUUGGCCAGCGGCGGGGAGAAGAGCUCGGGGUACUCGGAGCGCUCAGACGUUGCGACUUAUCGCUCAUCCUCGGUGUCUGCAGCACCCUCUGCUUCUCUCUCGGGCGGCGACCUCCGGCGGCAAGAAAUUCACCAUGUCCAUCCUCAAGGUCCACGCCAGAGAGAUCUUUGACUCUCGUGGGAAUCCCACUGUUGAAGUUGAUCUCUUCACAGCGAAAGGUCUCUUCAGAGCUGCUGUGCCCAGUGGCGCCUCAACUGGAAUCUAUGAGGCCCUGGAGCUCCGGGACAAUGAUAAGACACGCUACAUGGGGAAAGGUGUCUCAAAGGCUGUUGAGCACAUCAAUAAAACUAUUGCGCCUGCCCUGGUUAGCAAGAAGCUGAAUGUCGUGGAGCAGGAGAAGAUCGACAAGCUGAUGAUAGAGAUGGACGGCACAGAAAAUAAGUCCAAGUUUGGUGCAAAUGCCAUCCUGGGCGUGUCCCUGGCUGUCUGCAAGGCUGGUGCUGUGGAGAAGGGGGUGCCCCUCUACCGCCACAUCGCCGACUUGGCUGGCAAUGCUGAGGUCAUCCUGCCAGUUCCGGCUUUCAAUGUCAUCAACGGUGGCUCUCACGCUGGCAACAAGCUGGCCAUGCAGGAGUUUAUGAUCCUUCCUGUUGGGGCCGAAAACUUCCGGGAGGCCAUGCGCAUUGGAGCAGAGGUUUACCACAACCUGAAGAACGUCAUCAAGGAGAAAUACGGGAAGGACGCCACCAACGUGGGAGACGAGGGCGGCUUUGCCCCCAACAUCCUAGAAAACAAAGAAGCCCUGGAGCUGCUGAAGAAUGCCAUCGGCAAGGCUGGCUAUAGUGACAAGGUCGUCAUCGGCAUGGACGUAGCUGCCUCUGAGUUCUAUAGGUCGGGCAAGUAUGACCUGGACUUCAAGUCGCCUGAUGACCCCAACAGGUACAUCACACCCGACGAGCUGGCCAACCUGUACAAGUCCUUCAUCAGGGACUACCCAGUGGUGUCUAUCGAGGACCCCUUCGACCAGGAUGACUGGGAAGCUUGGCAGAAGUUCACUGCCAGCGCGGGGAUCCAGGUGGUCGGGGACGACCUCACGGUGACCAACCCCAAGCGGAUCGCCAAGGCCGUGAGCGAGAAAUCGUGCAACUGCCUCCUGCUCAAAGUGAACCAGAUCGGCUCUGUUACCGAGUCCCUGCAGGCGUGCAAGCUGGCCCAAUCCAACGGGUGGGGCGUCAUGGUGUCGCAUCGCUCCGGGGAGACUGAGGACACCUUCAUUGCUGACCUGGUGGUGGGGCUGUGCACGGGGCAGAUCAAGACUGGUGCCCCCUGCCGAUCCGAGCGCUUGGCCAAGUACAACCAGAUCCUCAGAAUUGAAGAGGAACUGGGCAGCAAGGCCAAGUUUGCUGGCAGGAGCUUCAGAAACCCGCUUGCCAAGUAAGCUGUGGGCGGGCGAGCCCCUGCAGUUACUCAUUGGCUCCUUAGACCUGCGUCUCAUGUCACCGGGCAGUGUGAGGCCCCCGCUGAUGCCCACAGGGGCCUCUGGUAGUUACCUGCCCUCUCCUCGUCCUGUGACGUCCCCACCGCUUCCUUAGACCUGCUGCAGAAGCCACGCCUGACCCUCUGGAGCCCUGCUGGAAACCCUAGCUCUGUCAUCACGUACUUGGCCCAAAUCAUUGUUCUCACCUCACUUCCACCAAGUAUUCAGAGCCAUGUGUAUCUAGAUUGUCAUCUCUGAAGUGUCCAGUGGGUUCAUGUGCAAAAUAAAAAGGCCUGAGUGACCCAUAAACUUA